UAAAAUUAUUUUUUCCUUUCAUCAGAUGUAUGAACGGACUCGGGAAACGUAUUACAUUUUCUAAUUAUUAAGUCUUGCUCGAGGAAAUCAAUCUGAUAGAAGAGAAGAAACCCAUCACAAGUGAAGAAGUCGCUAUGUGAUCAGCAAGUCAAAGUUGCUUACAUUUUGAAAAAGAAUAAAAGUAAAUAUUGAACAUGGGAGACUCGGACAUUACUUAUGGGUCGACAAUGUCGGCAGAGUCUAUGAAGGUGAUUGCUGAAAGUGUAGGUAUCGCGACCCUCGGUGACGACGCUGCUAAAGAUCUCAGUGACGACGUAUCAUAUCGACUCAAAGUUAUCGUGCAGGAUGCUAUGAAGUUUAUGCAUCACUCCAAAAGACAAAAACUAUCAAUCACUGAUAUUGAUCAUGCCCUAAAGGCUAAAAAUUUUGAGCCUCAAUAUGGAUUUGUUCAGCCAGAUUCAUUACCCUUCAGAUUUGCAUCUGGGGGUGGAAGGGAAUUGCAUUUUAUAGAAGAGAAAGAAAUUGAUUUAAAUGAAAUUUUGUCAGCACCUCCACCAAAGAUUCCAUUAGAUGUUUCUAUGAGAGCUCAUUGGUUGAGUGUAGACGGGGUGCAGCCAACUGUACCUGAGAACCCGCCCCCACUUUCCAAGGAAUCCCAAAAACUGGAAUCAGUUGACCCCAUCAGCAAGCUCAGUAAACCUGCCAACAAGGAUUCAGCAGGUAAACCAAUAUGCGGGAAGGCAGCACGGUUGAAGGCGUCCGAGUCGGUGCACGUGAAGCAGCUGGCCACGCACGAGCUGAGCGUGGAGCAGCAGCUCUACUACAAGGAGAUCACCGAGGCCUGCGUCGGCAGCGACGAGGGCCGCCGCGCGGAAGCGUUGCAGUCUCUGGCGUGCGACCCGGGGCUGCACGAGAUGUUGCCGCGGAUGUGUACAUUCAUCUCUGAAGGUGUCAAAGUCAAUGUUGUGCAAAACAACUUAGCAUUGCUGAUCUAUUUGAUGCGGAUGGUGAAAGCGUUGCUGGAUAAUCAAUCACUUUAUCUGGAGAAAUAUCUGCAUGAGCUAAUUCCGUCGGUAUCAACCUGCAUAGUUUCUCGGCAACUUUGCUUACGGCCUGAAAUGGACAAUCAUUGGGCUUUGAGGGAUUUUGCUGCACGCCUUAUGUCUCAAAUUUGCAAGACUUUCAAUACCUCUACGAAUAAUUUACAGACAAGAGUAACGCGAUUAUUCGCAAAGGCUCUCCAAUGUCCUUCUCAAACGGAUAAUGAACCAGGUGCUGGGCCAUCGAUGGCUAAUAUGAAAGAGUCGGAAAAGACUCCACUCGCUUCACUCUAUGGAGCCAUACAGGGGUUAGCAGAACUUGGUCCAGAAGUUGUGAAGGUGUUGAUCUUACCGCGCGUGCGGUGGCUGGGCGAGCGCGUGGAGGGCGCGCUGACGGGCACGGGCGGCGCCGACCGCCUGGCCGCCGGGAACCUCAAGCACCAGCUGCUCAAGGUGCUGGCGCCCGUGCUGCGCCAGCUGCGCCAGGCGCCCGACCAGCCGGACGACUACAAGCGCGACUACGGCUACCUGGGCCCGAGCCUGCAGCAGAUGGUGAGCAAGCUGCGCGCGUCGCCGGCGGGCGGCGCGGCGGGCGGCGCCGUGGCCGUGGUCACGUGCACGCCGCCGCUGCUGCCCGCGCCGCAUCUGCCGCACUCCGGGCUCGCCUCCAAGACCGUUGAUAGCUUGGGCACCCGAAACGUGAUGAUGAGCGCCGGGUCCGGGCCGCAGUCGCCGUCGCCGGCCACGCCGCCGCCGCAGAAGUUCGUCAUCGUGUCGCAGCCGAAACCGCCACAGAGCCUGCCGCCGAGUAGCGCAGGGCACGCGGCCGUGCACAGCUCGCAGUCCGCGCGGCCGCAAAACGUCCAGUCGGUGGUGGUGACGAGCGGGCCGGCGGGCGCCGCGCCGCCGCCGCAGAAGUUGGUGGUGGUGGGCCUGCCGCCAGCGCCCGCCCCGCCCGCGCACGCGCCCGCAGCCGCAUCAACCCAGGUUAGCCAGGCGCCGGUGUCGGUGGUGGCGAAGCCGGUGUUCGCGCGCGGCGGCAGCGCGAGCGCGCCGCCGCCGCCGCCCGAGAUGGACGACCUGUCACACCUCGCCUGACGGCCCUCCCGCGCCAACACGCAACCCAACAACAAAUCCUCCUGACACGCCGCAUCCAAAUCUUCCUCUACUGGCGAAAACAAA